UUUGAACAUGGUCAUACCUUAAUUCCUCUUUUAACGCUGCUCUUUUCGUAUACAACUAACAUAAAACUCAAAAAAACAAAAACUAAAAAGAUGUAAAUUAGUUGAAACCAUUUUUCUAUUAAUCCAUUUAAGAUUUUUUUUAUAUGCAUUGUCAUUAUCAAUGUCAAUGCUAAUAUCAAAAUCCCAAAUCUUAUCAACAGCAGCAAUUUUGCUGCUAUUUUCCAUUUUCAUUUCAUUUACAGAAGCAGUUGUCCCUCAAUUCGAUUGGGUCCAACAGGAAUUCCUCAAAUCACAUAAUGAUUUGAGAUCAAGCGUUGGCGUUCCACAUUUACAGUGGGACGCCAACUUAGCUGCGUUCUCCCAGUCAUGGGCGAACCAGCGUAAGCAGCAAUGCGAUUACAGGCACCACUCCACAAGCCCUUACGGAGAGAACAUAUUCUGGGAACUCUACAGGCAGAAUACAGCAACUAGCAUUGUCCAGAAAUGGUUUGGAGAGAAGCAAUUCUUCAACCACGCGACGAAUCAAUGCAAUUGCCAACCUGAACGUGCAGGAUGUGAAUGUGGUCACUACUUAAACGUUAUAUGGAGAUCUACAACCAAAGUUGGGUGUAGUGGUUUUGUAUAUUGUGAUGGUCAAAAAGGCGCCAUUGUUGUUUGCUCAUAUGAUCCAAUUGGGAACGUAAAAGGCGUUAACCCGUUGAAUCCUGUUAACAAUGUGAGUGGUGUUGUUGCACCACCAGUUUUACAGGUGAAUCUGCCUGCGGCGUUACCUGCCAAUGUACGUCUCACACCACCAGUUUUACCACCUAAACCGGUGAAUACUGGAAAUGUGAGACGUGGUAGAGGAAGAAAACACAAUGUAGCUGUAAAAUCACCAGCUCCAUUGAGACGCCCAUCGAGUCCCCAAAAAGCUCAACGUGGGAGAGGUAGAAGAAAUAGUCGGGUUUAAACAUAUCUGAUUUCAAUAUUGGAGCAUCGUCAUGAUUAAUGGCGAUGCUCCAACUUUAGGGGAGAUAUGAUCUCUAAUAUAACACAUUUUGUGGUGAUCAGAAUGUAACAAUUGUUCUGCUUCUGUAAAUCGAAAUUGACAUUUUUUUUUUCUGAUUUGAA